CUUCUUCUUCUUCUUCUUCUUCUUAAAAAAACUCGUACAAACAGUUCAUCAUAUCAUCAAACACUUCUUUCACCAGUAGACAGCAGUAGAAUUCCAUUAACUUUCAAGAAAAACAAUGAUCAAGUAAAAAGAAAAUAUCAUCAAACCCACAAAGAAAAAAAAAAACAAAAAGCCUUUCCAUCUUUUUUUCUCUUUGUUCUUCAUUUAUUUUUAUUUUUUUUUGGGGAAGAGUUAGAAUUUAGCUUAAUAUUUUUUUUAAAAAUGUCCCUUGAGGACUCAUUAAGAUCCCUUUCAUUAGACUACCUGAAUCUGCUGAUCAAUGGGCAAGCUUUCAGUGACGUCACCUUCAGCGUAGAGGGUCGUUUAGUCCAUGCUCACAGAUGCAUCUUAGCAGCUCGGAGUCUUUUUUUCCGGAAAUUCUUUUGUGGGCCGGACACGCCGGCGGGGUUAGACCCGGGCGGCGGUGGCGGGUCGUCGAGAACAGGCGGAGGAGCCGGGCUGGCUUCGUCUCCUAGAGGAGGCGGAGGCGGAGGAGGAGGAGCAAAUCCGCAGCAAAUAAUACCGGUGAAUUCGGUAGGAUACGAGGUUUUUUUGCUGAUGAUGCAGUUUUUGUACAGUGGCCAAGUUUCGAUUGUGCCUCAGAAACAUGAACCCAGGCCUAAUUGUGGAGAGAGAGGAUGCUGGCACACACAUUGCACCUCAGCCGUUGAUCUUGCUCUUGAUACCCUCUCUGCCGCUAGAUCCUUCGGCGUUGAACAGCUAGCAUUACUCACUCAGAAACAAUUGGCCAGCAUGGUUGAGAAAGCCUCGAUUGAAGAUGUGAUGAAAGUGUUGAUAGCUUCAAGAAAGCAAGAAAUGCACCAACUCUGGAGUACUUGCUCGCAUUUGGUAGCUAAAUCGGGUCUCCCGCCAGAAAUCCUUGCCAAGCAUCUUCCGAUCGAUGUCGUGGCGAAAAUCGAGGAGCUCCGCCUCAAAUCAUCCCUUGCGAGAAGGUCCCUCAUACCUCACCACCACCACCACCAUCACCAUCACGAUCUCAGCGCCGCGGCCGAGCUGGAAGACCAGAAAAUCCGCCGGAUGAGACGGGCGCUCGAUUCGUCGGAUGUGGAGCUUGUGAAGCUAAUGGUGAUGGGAGAAGGGCUCAAUCUAGAUGAAGCAUUAGCCUUGCAUUAUGCUGUGGAGAAUUGUAGCCGCGAGGUGGUCAAAGCUCUGCUCGAACUCGGGGCCGCGGACGUGAACUACCCGGCUGGGCCAGCCGGUCGAACCCCUCUUCACAUUGCAGCCGAAAUGGUUUCUCCGGACAUGGUGGCUGUGCUUCUCGACCACCACGCCGACCCGAAUGUCCGAACCGUUGAUGGGAUCACGCCUUUAGACAUCCUCCGAACCCUAACUUCGGAUUUCCUCUUCAAAGGGGCAGUUCCGGGACUAACUCACAUUGAACCAAACAAACUCAGGCUUUGCCUUGAGUUGGUUCAAUCAGCUGCGAUGGUGAUUUCUAGGGAAGAAGGGAACGCGAAUAAUGCGCCGGAUUCCAGUAACUUAUACCCGCCGAUGAGCGAGGAACAUACUAGCAGUAGCAGCAGUGGGAAUAUGGCGGCAAAUUUGAAUCUUGAUUCCAGAAUGGUUUAUUUAAACCUUGGUGCUGCCGCAGCUUCAGGACAAAUGGGGUGCAAGAUGAAUGAAGGAGAUCAUCAUCAUCAUCAUCAUAGUAGGCAUGGAUCUCACGGUGGUGGUGGUGGUGGCGGCGGCGGCGGUGGUGGAUUUGAUCCAGCAAUGUAUCAUCACCAUCAUCAUCAUCAUCAUUCUCAUGAUUACUAGAGCCAUUUUUUUUUUACUCUACAUGAUGAUGAUAAACCUUAUAACUAUCUGAAGUGAUGAGGUUUUUCUACCAAGUGAGGUAAAAAAAAAAAAAAAAGACAAGAAAAAAGAAGUGGGGUUAAAAACUAAAAAAAGGGUUGCUCGGAAAACCCACCCCAUAUGGAGAGAGUUAGUACUUAGCUUAUUAUCAUUUUGGAGUCAACAAAUCAUCUCUUUUGUUCCCUUCUCCAAUCUCUCACUUAUAUUUGUUUUGGUCUAAUAAUAUUAGGUCCUAUUAUUUUUCAAAAAACCACCUGUUUUUUCCUUGUAUUUUUCUGUGGGUUUUUUUUAGGGUUUAAUAAUGGCAAUCACAUCCGAAAUUGGGGGAAAUUAAGGGUUGGAAUUUUUCUCAUCAAUCAGAUGGGACAAGGAGAAUCCAAGUUUUUAUUUUACUUUUUUUUUUUUGCCAUCUGAGUGAUGGAGAGGACGCAUGCAGGUCAUCAAUCUUUUCAAUCCCCUCAACCCCUGUCAACUGACUUCUUUGUUUUCUCUUGGAACAAUAUAUAUAUAUCAAUAUUAAUUGUCAUGGACUAUUUCUUA